UGGGGUUAUACCUGGGUCAGCCCCUCCAGACCCCAUUGGUAUAAAAGCAGCUGGUUUGCGAAGACUUUACAGUGCCAGGUUAAUGUCUACUCUGCUUUUGCUAUCAGUUCAAGUUGAAACUUCGAAGUUAGAUAUACUGACUGUGUAUAUAAGUUUACAAGUGUCUCCGAGUGCACCAGCAAAAAAAGUGUGACUAACUGAACCUUACCUUUCAUGAUGUCUGAGGGUUUUGGUUCUAAUUUUAAACCCUUCUCAUCUCCUGCUUCAAUCCCAGGACAGAGUGAAUCCAGUUGCUCUGCUGGCUCUUAUCCUAGUGGUGCUGAAAGUACCAUGUUUACUGGUGUUCCUGCCACUUCCUUAGAAGACAAUGCAGUUGUCCCCAAAACCUGCUCUACCAAUGAUAUGGACCAUGCUGUAACUGUAGACCACACUGGAUAUGUGAUGAUGCCUCAUCUGUCACGGAGUGGAUCAGACCAGUCACUAGACAGUGGAACUGCCAUGGAAGAUGUUAUCUGCAAGUGCCCAUGUGGUCGUACGGACUUCUCGCACAUUCUCAAUCCUCUACCUGAUUGUCUGGCCAAUCGCCAUUCUGACAGCCGAAGCUUCCCAGAGCUUGAUAUGAAAUCUAGCAAUAAAAUAGCUCAGGAUCAGCUGAAAAUGAAACUUAAAAGACAAACUCGAAUAAUUAAGCAAGAGUUUAGAACAUUUGGAUUGGCUGUGCGCAGGUAUGCAAAAUCUAUUCCCGAUGUUGAAAGUAUCUUGAAGGAGUGUCUUUCACUUGAUGGGAAAGUUGUUGAGGCAUUAGACUUUGAGAGUUUGUACCCAAAAUUCAGGGAAGGAGCUGAUCUCAUCAAUUUCGAUAUUUUGUCACGUUGCCUCACUGAUUUGAAAUCAUAUGAUGAUACAGGUGAAGAAAAUGAGCUCAGACGUCUUGCUGAAGAAGCCGCUGAAAAAUACGAGGCUUCUUUUCAAGAGUUUUCUCAGCAGCAAGUCGUCCUUGUACCUACCAUUCUGCAAGAUGCCAAUGGACGUUCAAAUUCAAUGUACAAAGAGCUGAAGAUAAAAGUCGAAGAAGAUUUUCGAAGCUUUCUAGUCGAGCGUUUGUUAGAUUUCAAGGAAGUCCUGAAAAGAAUUUUGAAAUUGGCUCCAGAUGUUUACCUUCGGGUCACCUCUGUCAGGGAAGGCUGCGUGGAAAUUUGCUUUGAGAUGAUCGGUUUGCAUGCUGAUACACACAUCAGUCUCAACGACGUUCAAAAGCAGGAAUUGUUGGCCAACAAGAUCACCCUCCUUGAAUAUGAUGGACAGGUAUCCUACUGCUGCUGCGAGCUUUGCAGUGAUGAGAGCUCCAGGGAUACUAUCAAGAAGGUGUACAAUGCUGUGUGCCUAGCUGACUACCAAAAAGAUGAAGUUGAUGAUGUUGAUGGUAGCAACGAACAUACAUUGGAUUGCCCAUGCCUAUCUCCUCAGGCAAGCAUUGAGAAUGUGUGCUCCAUGGAAGAGUGUUCCUUCUGUGGAAUAAGGCUUCGACGCUGUUCUCUGGAGUACCAUCUCCUCCAAUGUAAGAGAAGUGAUAGCAGCUGCCCAAGCUCCUCUGAUGAGUCUGACAUCGAGGAACUGCCCUGUGCAAAACAGAAUUGGAGUACUCCACUCAUUGCCGCUGUUAUAGAGCUGCUCUCCUCAAGAGCCAUGGGGGACCUGGCUACCAAGCGGUUUAAGGCACUACUAACAAUUGCAAGGAGUCAUCUCUACUAUCCAAGGGACAUACACACUGCUGCCAGGGUUGGUGACUUGAGUGCUUUGCAACAUGCCAUCAGGAGAGGAGAUGAUGUCAACAGUGUGGAUAAGGAUGGGUACACUCCACUCAUGUGGGCAGCUAUGGGAGGUCACACUGACACUGUUAGAGGGCUGCUCUCCUCAGGAGCCGUGGUGGACCUGGCUGACAAGAAUGGGUGGACUCCACUCACGUGGGCAGCCAUUGGAGGUCACACUGACACUGUUAGAGAGCUGCUCUCCUCAGGAGCCGUGGUGGACCUGGCUGAUGAGAAUGGGUGGACUCCACUCAUGUGGGCAGUCAUUGGAGGUCACACUGACACUGUUAGAGAGCUGCUCUCCUCAGGAGCCGUGGUGGACCUGGCUGACAAGAGUGAGAAGGCACUGGCCACAUCACCUGUUGAUCCCACACACGAGACCACUGGACAGCUUAAACAAAUAAAGAAUGUGAUGGGAUUUGACUGCGAGUUCCUCGACCUUCCACCUCAAAAUCUACAAAUUGAUUGUCCAGUUUGUUUCCAGACUAUUCGAGAGCCCCACCAGGUCACAUGCUGUGGAAAGAGGUUUUGCAAAGCUUGUAUUCAACGUGUUCAAGACAGUAAAAGUUCUUGUCCAACUUGCAAGGCUACAGCAUUUAAUUGCUUCCCUGACAAAGGAAUCAAACAAUCGCUCUAUCGUUUGAAAGUUAUCUGUAGCCAUCAGAAAGACGGGUGUGAGUGGACGGGGGAACUGAGACAGCUUGACAAACACCUCAACACAGAUCCACUGCCAGAGAAACAACUCGAUGGAUGUCAGUUUGUUGAGAUCAAUUGCAUCUAUAAUUGCGGGAACCAACUGCAGCGAAGGUACAUUCAAAACCACCAAACUAAGGAUUGCCCCAAACGACCAUUCGGUUGUGAGCACUGCCAUGAUUACAAGUCUACCUAUGAUGAUGUCACCAACAACCACUGGCCUAUAUGUGAGUCCUUCCCUGUCCCCUGCCCUAACCAGUGUGGUUCAACUAUCCAACGUCAGAAUAUAGACAGCCAUGUUGCCGAUGAGUGCCCCCUGACCACCAUCAACUGUGACUUCCACCACGUAGGCUGUGCUGUGAAACUCCCUCGACAAGACAUGCCAGAACACCUGAGAGAGAACCUACUCACACACAUCUCUCUAUUAGCCACCAAUAAUGCCAAGCAACAAGAACAAAUCGCUAACCAAAACUUUGAUAUUAAAACACAACAACUUCAGAUCAGUGUCCUGGUUGCUGAGAAUGAUGAACUGAGUCGUAGGAACACAAUACUACACGCGAUGAUACAGUCAAAUACUACCAGAAUGGCUAAAUUGGAGCCAUUGCAACAAGCACUCAAGACUGCUCCCUCUAAUGUUAACCCAAGGCCACUGGGACAGCUGGGUCCCCCAGUCCUCACGAUGUCAAAUUUCGAACAAUACAAAAAAGACAACCAUAGCUGGUGGUCCCCUCCAGUCUACACACACCCUCAGGGCUACAAGAUCUGUCUCAGUGUGAUUGCGAAUGGAACGGCUGCUGGUAAAGGAACACAUGUCUCCCUGGGUGUACAGUUUAUGAGAGGAGAGUUUGAUGAUUCUCUGAAAUGGCCGUUUCGUGGGAUUAUUUCUGUUCGAUUAUUAAAUCAAGUCAAUAGUAAAGAGCACGAAACGUAUUCGAUCACCUACUUAGAAAAUAUGGAUGACUUAUAUUGCAGCCGAGUUACGGAGGGGGAGAGGGGAGGUGGGUGGGGCCCACACAAGUUCAUUGCUCUCUCUAAACUGGAACCCGAGUAUUUACAAAGCAACACAUUGCUGUUUCAGAUAUAUGAAGUGGACAUCAAUGUUAGUUAGGUUAUAAUAAUUAUAGGAAGAUAAACUGUCCCUAUAAAUUUUUUUUGAAUUGUUUCAUGAUAAUGAAUUUUUACGCACACAAUAAUCAUCAUUAUCAUUGAGUUGAAUCAUCAUUCAGUGAGCAUUCUAAUUACACAGUCAACUGAGCAAUAUCUAUUAAAAUUCAACAAACACGAA